AUGGCCGAACGACGCCCCUCGGGGUUGGAAAGGAGUCCAACUGCGCCAUCAAUCUUGUCGAAUGGCCACUUUGCUUCGGUCGGUGCCGAGAGUGAUACUGCCUCCUACGAGCACGGCGUGCAGGUGAUCGAUGAGAAUAAGGAGUUCAAUCCCAACCUGUCCAAGUAUUUGACUCUGGAAAAUGUCACGCCAUCUGGUUUCAACUAUCAUCUCAUCUCCGUGUUCGGUUCGCAAUCCACCGGAAAGUCCACACUGCUCAACCACUUGUUCGGCACCAAGUUCUCCGUCAUGUCGGAGUUAGAGAGACGACAAACGACCAAGGGUAUAUGGCUGUCGAACAACAAGAAGCAGGGCGAGGUUGGCGCAACAGAGCGCAUGGCGGAUAACAUCUUGGUCAUGGACGUGGAGGGAACCGAUGGUCGUGAGAGAGGUGAGGAUCAGGACUUUGAGCGCAAGAGCGCACUGUUUGCGAUUGCGACAAGUGAGGUCCUCAUUGUCAACAUCUGGGAACACCAGGUUGGGUUGUACCAGGGAGCCAACAUGGGAUUGUUGAAGACCGUGUUUGAGGUUAACCUACAACUGUUCCUAAAGGAUAGACAUACUACCCACCGCUCUCUCCUAUUUUUCGUCAUCCGCGAUUUUAUCGGCACCACACCACUCAAAAACCUGCAGAGGACAUUAUUGGAAGAUCUUUCCCGUAUGUGGGACACGCUCUCAAAACCAGCUGGCUUAGAAAAGUCGACGAUUCAUGACUACUUUGAUUUCCAAUUCUUUGGCCUUCCACACAAGGGUUAUCAGCCUGAUCAGUUUGUGACGGAAGCUAAGAAGCUUGGUCUUCGUUUCCGCGAAGGCCAUCGCGACCCGAAGAGAGAUGCACUCAGGGGUGAAUUCUCGGAAGGAGGUGUCUUCUUGCCUGAGUACCAUCGCCGCAUCCCGGCGGACGGAUUCGCUCACUAUGCGGAGGGAAUUUGGGAUCAAAUUGUCAACAAUAAAGACUUGGACUUGCCUACACAGCAAGAGCUGCUUGCGCAAUUCCGUUGCGACGAAAUUAUGCGCGAAGUGAUGAUUGGGUUCGACGAGGCGAUAGUCGCAUUUGAAGAUAAGCAGGCCGAGGCAGUGCGUCUUGGUGAACCCGAGGUUCUUGGGGGACUAGGUGCUGCCAUGCGUACUGCACGCAUCAAGACCCUGAAAAACUUUGAGACGGAAGCCAGCCGAUAUCACAAAGGUGUUUACCAACGGAAAAACGCCGAGCUCCAGGGCAAGGUGGACACUCGUCUCAAGGCACUGUUCCACGGGCAGCUUUCGGCAGCCCACAAGUCAGGGAUCCGCGACUUCACUGAUUCGGUCAGUGGCGCUGUGAAAGAUGGCCAGAAGAAGGGCGGUAGCUACGAUUUUGCCGAAAUCGUUUCCAAGGAAGCCCAGUCUUCCCUGGAGAAGUUCGAGGAGGUUGCUCGCUCGACACUGGUGGAAGGAGCCUCUUGGAGCAAUUACAAGCAAGAGCUUAAUUUGUAUCAGAAAGAGUUGGCUGAGGUCAGUUCCCGACUGCGCCGCGAUGAAAUGAGACGUUUGGCUACCCGCGUUGAGCGUUGGGUCCAGUCUCGUCUGGGUGAAUCAAUCGGUCUCGAGUUCAAUGCUCUCGGGUCGGGAAGAGCUGGUGGGGCUGCUCCUGAGAACGGAGAUAAGCCUACCGAGAAGGACUUCUGGGAUCGGAUUUGGAACUUGUUUGAAGAGACUGUUCUUGAUGCUGAACGGAGAUUCACAGACCGGGCGAGUAGCUUCGAUGCUAGCAUUGAUGAGGUCGAUGUUGGUCUUUGGCGCCUGCGCCGUAAGUCUUGGGGCGUGCUUCGCGCAAAGAUCGACGAGGAGAUGAUCGAGGGCAACCUGCUUCUUAAACUCCGGGAAAAUUUCGAGGACAAGUUCCGCUACGAUGAGGCCGGUGUACCACGCAUCUGGCGCCCAACUGACGACAUCGAGGGUAUUUACACCCGUGCUCGCGAGUCUACUCUGACAGUGAUUCCUCUUUUGUCUCGAUUCCGCCUAGACCGGACUACUGCACCACCCCCACUUGACCGGUGGAUCGGACACACUCCCAGCACUGCAACAUCUGCAGACGAGGAAGAUUUAGCGCCCAUCGGGGGUGUGGAUGAGCAUGAGGGCAAGAGUUUGGAAGAGGAGAUGACAAUUCUUAGCGAUUCAAAGCGCCAAGAGCUCACCGUGCGAUUCAAGAAGGCCGCAGACGGUGUUUAUGUCGAAGCCAAGCGCAGUGCCAUUGGCGGUAUGACACAGGUUCCCUUGUAUUUCUACGGAUUGUUGCUGGCCCUGGGCUGGAACGAAAUCUGGGCUGUCUUGCGUAACCCAGCUUACUUUAUUCUGUUAUUUGUGUGUGCCGUUGGCGCGUAUAUUACCUAUCAGCUCAACCUGUGGGGUCCUAUGUUGAAGAUGACCGAGGCUGCCUCUCAGCAAGCUCUGGAAGAAGGUAAGCGCCGCUUGCGCGAUUUCCUCGAAUCAUCCGACACUGGUCGUCAGGCGAUUGCUAUGUCGGCUGGUGAGCGGUCUGGGUCGAGCCGAACGGAAGAGUACGAGAUGUCGGAUAUGCGGAAGGGUGGCUCAAAUGCCAAUGAGGAGCUGGAUGACAUGUAA